AUGGGGAGGGCAAAGUUGAAGAUGGAGUUGAUCGAGAAGGAGAAAUCACGAAACACAACGUUCAAAAAGAGAAAAGAAGGGCUAAUCCGCAAACUGAGCGAAUUCACGACUCUGUGCGACGUGAAGGCCUGCAUGAUCAUCUACGGGCCGAAGCAGAGCCGGCCCGAGAUCUGGCCGCCUCAGAACCCGGAGCAAGUGAGGCGCAUCAUCGAGCUCUACAAGUCGAAAAACAGCGGAAGCGUGAAGAGCUUCGACGUGGCGGAGUUUUUCAAGGAGCGGAAGAAGCAGAUCGAGGAUGAACUCAAGAAGCUGAAGCGGAAGAAUCAAGAGGCCAAAUACCCGACCCGGCCCGACCACCUCAACGUGUACAACGAACAACAACUCCGCCAUCUCCACGCCGCGCUGACCAGCAAAGCGCAGUGCGUGAAGUCUAGAAUCGAAAUGCUGAAGAUGAAGCAGAGGCCUCAAACAGAGCAGCAGCUUAUGAAUAUGAACCCGAUGCUAAUGGAUCAUCGCCGACUGCAUCCUAGCCCCGUGAUGAUGGGGAUUGGAACUAGUAAUGCGGCUAAUAUGCAAAUGCAGCGCCAAUUCUACUACGAGUCGGGAAGCGGAUUUUAUCAGCCGUAUUCGCAGUACAUGGUGCAGCCUCCGCAGCAGCAGCAGUCUUACUUGCUGCAGGCGAUGGUGCAGCCGCAGAUGCAGUUUUUGGGGAAUCAAGAGGAGAUGAUGAUGAUGAGAAAUCAGACGGUCAGAGCUCACAAUCUCAAUCAGGAUGGAGUCAAGUAUGAAGAUUUCACCACCAACAGGAUGUUCUCUUGCUAG